UUAUAAUCUUUUAAGUUAUAUUUUUCUUUCUUCUGUAAAAUAUUUUGUAGCUAUGAACAGAAAUAAGUUGUGUGUUUCAUACGAGACAUUCUGUUAGCACGGAGAGGGUUGGUCGUGUGAGGGGGUCUCAUUCCCACAGAGCCCCUUCCCUCCCAAGGGCAGGGCAGGGGCAGGCAAGGGGAGGAAAGUCUUGUGCCUCCCUGUCUGGCCAGCAGAGGCAGCAAGGAGCGGAGGAGAACUUCUUUUCUUGCCUUCCCUCCUCACAUGGCGCUGUGGGAAGUCUGUGACAUCCUGUCCAGACUUCGGCUUGUGGCUCUGGUCAGAGUUAUGACGCCCCAGGCCCUGGCGUCCACCCUGCUCCUCUGUGUGCAGCUGCUGUUCGUGCAGACCCGGGGAGGCCACCGUGAACGUGACUGGAAGAGGACGCAGAAAACACAAGUAGUCCCCGAAAUCAAGCGCUGUGAGAAGCCACCCGAAUUCCAUCAGUGCAACCGCCAGUGUGAAGAUCACCGCGACUGCCAAGCCAACAACGUGUGCUGUUCCACCUUCUGCGGGAACAUUUGCAUGAGCCUCCCGGGAGUGGGGGUGGGUCGUGCUUCCUGCUCACCUCAACCCCCCACUCACAGGCUAAGUGCACACCAGAAGCACAAGGAUCUCACAUCAAGGAUCCUAGGAUGUCAACAAGAACGCAGCCCUCCCCAUUGUUUGUUCCCCACAACCCUGUAAAAAAAACC